AGACAUAUUUGCCUUUGAAGGUGAACAUUACCUGUUGCUAGUUGAUUAUUACUCUAAGUUUAUUGAGGUGACCAAACUGAAGGAUCUCACAUCUCAGGAGACCAUUGAAGUCCUAAAAGAACAUUUCAGUCGACAUGGCAUCCCACCAAAACUAGUCACUGAGUGCAACAGCCAGUACACAAGCAAAGAAUUUGAGACCUUUGCCAAAAGUUACAGCUUUGAACAUGCUCUAGUAAGCCCAAAACACCCCAAGGCGAAUGGAGAGGCGGAAGCCGCAGCUAAAACAGUGAAGUCUCUAUGGAGAAAGAACAGAGACAAGAGAAAAGCACUCCUAGAGUACAAGGCGUCCCCACUUCCAGGAAUUGACCUGUCCCCAUCACAGCUCUCUAUGGGACGCAGGCUACGAACAAUACUACCAAUGGCACGUGGUCUAUUGGAGCCUGAAACACACAGCAUCCAGAAGAUAAAGGCAAGAAUGAAUCAUGGCAAGGAUAAGCAAAAGUACUACCAUGACCGCCAGGGCACCAAAGAGCUACCACCACUCAGAUCGGGUGAUCACGUCAGAGUAAAACCGGAGCCAGAGUCGAAGGAAUGGAGAGCGGCAACAGUAGUGGAGAAACAUGUCUUGCCUAGAUCAUAUGUAGUAGAGGUAGGCAGCCAAAGAAUCAGACGUAAUCGAGUGGCUCUAACGAACGACCCAACAAAGUCUCAUAUGGGAUAUCGGAAACGUCAUGGAAACAUCAAUCAACAGACAGAACCUGAGCCAGACAAAACACAUGCGGCACCCACAUUUCCAGCAAGCCCACAAACGGAGUGCUCACCACAGGAAUACCACUUAAAUCCCUCAGCUGAUGAGGAAAUCCCAGCCGGUGAUGUGCCACCUUCAUCAGUGGAAGCUAAAGAUCCGACCCAGUACACAACUCGAAGUGGAAGACUAGUCAAAACACCAAUCAGACUAGACCUGUAACAACUUGUUCUGGAACAAAGGACAGUUCUUGGAACGUGAACAGUGACAGACACUGAUUGAUUAACGUUGAGUUGAUUGUUCUUUUAUUUUAUUUUAUUUUAUUCUCCUCAUUUGUUUCUUUGAUUGUAAUGUAAAGGAGGGGGAUGUUAUAUAUGAGAAUACCGCUGACCAUUAUGCAUAGUUGUGCAUGUUUUGAGUUAUUGUUUAAGCAAUGGCAUUAAACAACGUGGUUCGAAUGUAGACCCAAAAUGGCGUCUGUGUCAUGAAUAUGUAACAUUACCGUUGUCAAGGCAACAUAUUAAAUGACGCAGCUGUUAAUUUUCCAGCAUCCACAAGAGAGCACAUGCAUUAUGUUGGUUUGAGCCGUGUACAAAACAACUCUGCACUGCAUAUUCUGUGUUUGAAUGAAAACAAAAUAAAGGUUAGUGAGAAAGUUAAAAGUGAAAUGAGCAGACUAAGAACACAAGUAAGCCUUGUACCUUAAGCAGUGUUACGACUGACAAUUCACCCCAAACAAAAACAAUCUUGUUUCAGAAUGUUAGAUCUCCACCUCCUCAUAGAUGAUUUGUGAAGUGAUGACAACAUUCAAGAAGCUGAUGUCAAAAUAUAUGUUGAAUCAAAACUUUGCCUGUUAGAUAGAGAUCAUGCAUUCCAGCUUAGUGAAUUAACUCUAUGCAGGAAUGACUGUAAUCAGUCUAACAUAAGAUCUUGCUAUGGAACUACCUUGUACAUUAAGAAUAAAUUGAAUUGUACUAAAAUUCCAUACAGAUAUAACUGUUAUGGUGUUAAGCCAACCAAUUCCAAAUAUUCAUAUCAUUGGUAUCUAUCACUCGAAAACUAAAGUUACAAUUGAUGCUCUUACUCAUCUUCACGACUCAGUAUUAAUAGAAUCUACAAUUCCAGCUGCACUGCUUGGGGAUUUCAAUAUUGAUUUAAUGCGGGCAAAUUCAGAACAAAAGGCUCUUAAAAAAAUAUCUUAUAACAGACAAUGGAUACACUCAACUGAUUAACCAGUUUACUACUGACUACCAUGCACAGAUAGAUCAUGUUUAUACCAACGUACCACAAUCAGCAGGUACCCUGGAGUCUUACUACAGUGAUCAUAGGCCUUAAUUUAUAUUUCUAUGAAAGCUGUUUGAAUAUUUCCCUGUAUGUACAUGUUUCAUAUGAGAUCAUUUAUUAAAAUAAAUAUAUAAUUUAGCUGACUAUGGAAACUUUACAUAACAAAUAAAUACAAGUCAUGUAUCUAAAUGUAUCAAACAACUAUUUAACUCACACAGCAAAACAGUCAGAAAAUUUAUUGGCAGAAACAAAGAAUGGUUUGAAUUUACUGUCCCUAAAUUGCUAGUCUUCAUAGAGAUCCAAAAUUACAUUUAACUCUACCAAAAUUUGCAGAUGCUGUACAUAACAAUGCAUUUUUUUCAGGUUAAAAGAAUUAUUUUAGCUGCAAUGUUUCUUGAGGGAGAGCUUAACAUUAUGUAACUGGCAUUUUCUUUCUUAACCCUUUCUAGAAAAGCAAGAAAUAUCACUUGGACACGUUAGUUAGGUGAAGCAAGUUCUACUAUUGUGCAUCUUCAUAUAACCCAGAUGAACACUGCAAUAACAACUACAGUAUAAUAUGCAAGUGACAGUAAGCAGAUGUUAAUAUUAACAACAUUUCUGAUGCUAUACAUGUUUAUCAGCUGCCAAAAAUAAUAUCAAAAGACUUAGUAGAAACUGACUUUAACAACACGUCACCCUUAAAACUUCAUGGAAUUAAUCUGAGAAUUACAGAUGGAUGCAGAAUUCUCCUGCUUACAAAGAGAACGAGAUGCUUUUAAGACUUCAGUCAGCUGACACUUGAACUGUUGAAACUCAUUCUUUGCAAAAAACAUUGGCUACAAGCAUAUAAAAUGGCUCACCAAACUGCAUGUAUAAUUACGGAGUUGGAAACACUUUAGAACUUUAUCCAUGAAUGUUUCUUAAAGUCAAGAAUGUCAACAAGAGAAAUCCAUCUGAACUCGCUAUGUGUGUCAAACCUUACAUGUAACUCAAGAAAUGAACCUAUAGCUUUACAGUGGAAUACAGAAAUUAUAUAACAGAAACUUAAAAUUUGCAGUUCUAUAUCAUGUUCAUAUACAUGUAGAGUAUCACAAUCAGUCUUUAUAAUUAUUAAGACUACAGUUAAAUGAAACCACUAGACUCCAUCAUAAAGGAAUGCAAAAAUUGAAUGUGUCAAUCUGUCCAUAUUAAGAAAAUACCAAUCUUGCAAAAAUAUGUUUAUCUGAAGUAUAAGUUAUCCUAACUGUUCCAGUUUAUCCCUGUUGAAUUUCCAUUCAGUUCUUAAAAUGAUGGUUAUCAUGCUGUACUUCUACUACAUGUGUGCCCUGCUGUUGUAAAGAUUGUUAUUUAUAACUCAGCAAAAAUUGUAUAAUCUGAAUGUAUAGGAGACGGCUGGCUAGAAUGUCUCCUCUUAGCUUAAUAAUAAGAAAAUUCUCCUAAUAAAAAGCAGUGUUCAUCUUGCUUUUUGUUGUUGCACUCUGUUGAAAUCUACUUUCAAUUAUGUAAUAACUAAUUAUUUAUGAUUUAUAAGAUAAUUUCAAGAGAGAUCAAAUUCAGCCACCUACAGUGUAAAGGGUGUGAGGCGUGGUGGCCUCAUGGUUAGUGCGCUCGGCUCUGGAUCAAGCAGUCCAGGUGCGAGCCCUGGCCA